GUUUAGAAGGCUUAAAACCCAUUCACCUUUUCGUUCUGGGCUUAUCCGCAGGCUAAACAGAGAAUUUGGAGCGAGAGUGAAAGAGAUUAGCUCCCCUCCAUGGCGUACUCGGCUCCUUCCAUACUCUCGACGAGCCACAGCACCUUUUCCUCUAAAUCCGCCACUCCGAUGGCCUUUUCUUAUUCUCCUUCAAAGCCUCUUACUCGAACGAUUGCGGUUAUGAGGGGUUUCCAUGGCCUGCGAAAGAUUUUCCAGCCUAGCUCUACUAGGCUUGUCUCAGCUCCCAGAUCGCAUAGGAGAAGUUUCCGCGUCAAUGCUAGCUUCCCGUUGGUGGGAAAUCCGGCACCCGAUUUUGAGGCAGAGGCAGUAUUCGACCAGGAGUUUAUCAAGGUUAAACUAUCUGACUAUAUUGGAAAGAAGUAUGUGAUUCUCUUUUUCUAUCCUCUGGACUUCACAUUUGUUUGUCCAACAGAGAUAACUGCCUUCAGUGAUCGAUAUGCAGAGUUUGAGAAACUAAAUACAGAAGUGUUGGGUGUUUCAAUUGACAGUGUGUUUUCCCACCUUGCAUGGGUUCAAACUGAUAGGAAGUCUGGUGGGCUAGGUGAUUUGAAGUAUCCUUUGGUAUCUGAUGUGACAAAAUCAAUUGCAAAAUCUUAUGAAGUUUUGAUUUCCGACCAGGGAAUUGCACUUCGUGGGCUUUUCAUCAUUGACAAGGAGGGAAUUAUUCAGCACUCGACCAUAAAUAACCUUGCUAUUGGCCGAAGUGUGGAUGAAACCCUGAGAACCCUUCAGGCUUUGCAAUACGUGCAAGAGAAUCCUGAUGAGGUUUGCCCGGCUGGAUGGAAGCCUGGGGACAAGUCGAUGAAACCAGAUCCCAAGCGCAGCAAGGAAUACUUUGCAGCUAUUUAGGGAUAUAAACAACAGUAUUGUUAGUACUUUCACCAUUACUGUUUCGCAAUUUUGCAAGGCUUCGUCUUAUUGUGACACCUUCCUGUAAUUUGAGGGAAAAAAAAGUAUUAUGCGUGUUGCAAAUGGCAUUCUCUUGAAUAUAAUGGAAAUGCUGGAAAUCAAAUAUAUUAGAAGUUAAGAUUGUUCACA